UUUGGUUGAUCAAGUUGAGCUCCCUUUUCAAAUAAAUACUGAUAUAUUCCACCAAGAUAUUAUGGGACAGUCAAAAACAACUCAAAAAGCCCAGGAACACAGUUGCCACGAGGAAGCUGCAACAACAGUCACAGAUUUUGGGGUUAUUUUGCCCUUUUCUGCUUCAGAUUUAAUACAACGGAGAUCCAUUGAUUAGCCACUAAUUACUGUCCUUUUCAGCUUCAUCAAUUGCUAAGCCGCAAAGGGGUUUUGUUUUGUGGUAUGGGGGAUUGCUCAGCUACAGAAGUAGUGAUGAUGGAAGCAGAAGAGGACUUGAUUGCUUCAGCUCAGAAGAUCAUGAGAGCUUUGGAAUCAGAUAUGAAGCUCUCUGAUGAUGCUAGAAUUAUUUUGGCAAAUCUUGGCUCUCAGUUGAGCAGCUUAGCUAUGGCUAGCGAAAGCCGGGAUGUGGUGUCGGAGGAGGAAGGGGAGGAAGAGGGGAUCGAUGAGAUCGAGCAGCAGCUCGAUAGGAUUCAAGAAAAGGUCAUGAGUUGGGAGAAUAAUCAGUCUACUAUGAUAUGGGAUUGUAGCAGUGAAGAGGCUUAUGAUUAUAUGAAAGCUGUUGAUGAGACUCGAAGGCUGGUCGAGGUUUUGGAGAGCAGGAGUGGUAGUGAGGACGGUGUUUCGCUGCGUAGGGCUCACGACGUUCUUCAGACUGCGAUGGCUAGGCUUGAAGAGGAGUUCAGGCACUUGCUGGUUCAGAAUAGGCAGCCUUUUGAGCCGGAGCAUAUGUCUUUUCGUUCGACUGAGGAUGAUCUGAUUGAGGCCGGCUCUGUGAUUUCCUCCGGGGAUGAUUCCUUAGAGGAUGUUAGGGAGAGCAUGGGCCGGAACUCAGAGGAGUACGCAGUGGAGCUCGUGAACCAGGAUGUGGUUCAUGACUUGAAGAGCAUUGCUGGUUUGAUGUUCGAGUCGGGUUACGAGAGGGAGUGCUCUCAGGUGUUUGUGAAUGUCCAAAAGGAUGCUUUGGAUGACUGUCUCUUCAGUCUUGAAGUUGAGAAGCUGAGCAUUGAGGAUGUGUUGAAGAUGGAGUGGAAUGCGUUGAACUCGAAGAUCAGGAGAUGGAUCCGGGUGAUGAAGGUGUUCGUCCGCGUCUCCCUUGGUAGCGAGAAGCUGCUGGCGGAUCAGAUACUCGGGGAGCUCGGAUCAGCCUGCUUCGCGGAGUCAUCAAAAUCCGCGAUGCUGCAGCUUCUCAACUUCAGCGAGGCCAUCACCAUCGGGCCGCACCAACCGGAGAAGUUGAUCCGGAUUCUCGACAUGUACGAGGUGCUCGACGAUCUGAUGCCGGACAUCACAGCUCUGUACCCGGACGAGGCUGGAUCCAGCAUUAGGACCGAGUGCCAGGACGUGCUGGAGAGGCUAGGGGAGUGCGCGAAGACGACCUUCGUCGAGUUCGAGCACGCCGUGGCGUCCAACGUGUCGAGCAACGCGUUCCCGGGAGGCGGGGUCCACCCGCUCACUCGAUACGUGAUGAACUACUUCAAGGCUCUAAUGGACUACAGGCGGACCCUAGACGUCGUGCUGAAGGGCCGUGACCAAGAGGAUGAUCCGGCCCCAGCCUCGCCCGAUGCCAGUCCAUCGGGUGAGGAGGAGGAGGAUGGCAGCAGCGGGUCCUCGUCCGCCUCAGCCAUGGCCGUGCACUUCAAGUCCCUGAUCUCGAUUCUCGAAGCCAACCUCGAUGGGAAAGCGAAGCUAUAUAAGGAGGAAUCUCUCCAACGCCUUUUCUUGAUGAACAACAUCCAUUAUAUGGCUGAGAAGGUGAAAGGGUCCGAUCUCCGCACCGUGCUAGGCGACGAUUGGAUCCGGAAACACAACUGGAAGUUCCAGCAGCACGCGAUGAACUACGAGAGGGCCACGUGGAGCUCGAUUCUCGCCCUAUUGAGGGACGAGGGGUACCAAAACACGGGGUCAUCGAGGAGUCUCAAGGAGAGGCUGCAGAGCUUCUACCUGUCGUUCGAGGAGGUGUACAAGAGCCAGACGGGGUGGUCGAUCCCGGAUGCUCAGCUACGAGACGACCUUCGGAUCUCGACAUCGCUGAAGGUGAUCCAAGCGUACCGGACAUAUGUGGGGAGACACAGCAAUCAUAUAAGUGAGAAACACAUCAAAUACAGUGCUGAUGAUUUGGAGGAUUACCUUUUGGAUCUUUUUGAAGGGUCACAGAAAUCUUUGCAUGGAAGCCAUAGGAAAUGAUGAUGUAAAGAUAGUGAUUUUUUGAGUUAGAUGAAAUUAAACCAUUCCAUUCUAUAUGUAUAUCUAAGAGCUUUUAUCCUGUUUUUUUGCUUGUGUGUAUCAAAUACUUUGAUUUUUGAGAAUUA